AUGAAACGACUGAAAGAGGUCAUCUGGAUUUUGUUGAUUUCAAUUUGUACAGGAACAUCAACACCUUGUAACCCAAAAGUUUAUGACGGUGCGUUCAAAAAUUUGGUGUGCGUCUGCAAUGCAACACUUUGCGAUGAAAUUGAACCGAUUGGAGAAAUUGGGGAAGGAAAGGCAGUGGUGUAUAGAUCAACAUUGGAUGGAGACAGAUUGAAAAGGAUGAGUAUGAAGAUGAAGGAGAAAUUAGGAAAAGAGGAAACUGUAAAUGUUACAAUUUCAAUUGAUGCCAGUGAACGGUUCCAACAAAUUUUUGGUUUCGGAGGAGCGUUCACAGAUUCAGCCGGUGACCAACUUGCUGCUGUGUCUGAAAAACUUCAAGAUCAGAUAUUGAAUUCAUAUUUUGGAGAGAAUGGACUUGAAUACAAUGUUGGCAGAGUUCCGAUGGCCAGUUGUGACUUCUCAACUCAUGAAUAUAGUUAUGACGAUGUUAAAGAUGAUUUUGAAUUGAAACAUUUUGCAUUGGCAGACGAAGAUUUGAAGCUAAAAAUUCCAUUUAUUCAAAAGGCAAUGGAAAAAACUAAAGGAAAACUGCAGUUGUUUGCAAGUCCAUGGUCAGCUCCUGGUUGGAUGAAAGUCACCGGAAGAAUGCGAGGAGGGGGAGCUAUGAGAAAUGAUGAAAAAGUUUAUAAGGCUUAUGCAAACUAUUUUGUCAAAUUUUUCGAGGCUUAUUCUUCUCAUUCAAUUCCAUUCUGGGGACUUACAAUACAAAAUGAACCAUCAACGGGAGCUGAUAUGACGUGGAGAUGGCAAACAAUGAAUUACACUGCUGAAACAAUGAGAGAUUUUUUGAAAGAUUUUCUGGGUCCACAGUUGAAAGGAAAUAAGUUAACUGAACCAUUAAAAGUCAUGGUCUUGGAUGAUGGAAGAGGAUUGUUACCAGGAUGGGCGGAUACUAUAUUUAAUGAUACUGAAGCUAACAAGUAUGCUGAUGGAAUUGCUGUUCAUUGGUACGGAAAUUUGUAUUCACCAGCUGUUCUUUUGGAUAUAACACAGAGGCAUCAUCCGGAUAAAUUUAUUUUCGGAACUGAAGCGUGUGCUGGUUAUGCCGUUCACCAUGGUCCAAUAAUGGGUGAUUGGUUUACGGCAGAAAACUAUGCUAGUGAUAUAAUCAGUGAUUUGAAUCAUCACUUUAUUGGAUGGACUGAUUGGAAUUUGUGUCUUGAUGAGAAGGGCGGUCCCAAUUGGGCUAACAAUUUUGUGGAUUCACCAAUUAUUGCAUGCGCCGGUUAUUUUGGGCAUCACGGUCCAAUAAUGGGUGACUGGUUCCGUGCUGAAAGUUAUGCAGAUGAUAUCCUAACCGAUUUGAAUCAUCACGUAACUGGAUGGACUGAUUGGAACUUGUGUCUUGAUGAAACAGGCGGUCCCAAUUGGGCGUACAAUGUUGUGGACGCUCCAAUCAUUGUGAAUCGAACUGCACAAGAGUUUUAUAAACAGCCAAUGUUUUAUGCAUUGGGUCAUUUUAGUAAAUUCUUGCCACGUGGAUCAACUCGUGUCUUCACAAAAGUCGAAGGAAACUUAGCAGUAUCGGCAACAAGUGUUGUUAUUGAAGGAGGUCAACGUGCUACCGUAAUCUUGUCAAAAUCAUCGAGUUCUCUCAUGACUCGAGUAGUGGACAGUGCGACUGGAUAUUCUUUAGUCCUCAAUCUCCCGCCGAGAUCCAUUCAUACUGUUAUUUGGAAUAAGAGAAAGUAA